AAAAGAAGAAGAAACUCUCUACUAUUGUCAAUUAGUAGAGUUGAAAAUUCAUAAUUCUUCUAUUUAUUUAUUUAUUAAUUAAGAAGUACUUAAUCAUAUAUAAAGAAACAUUUGUUAAUUAAAAAAGUUUUUUCUUUUACUAUUAAUUUUUUGUUAAUGAACUUAAAUAAAUAUGUAUAUAUAUAUAUGAGCAGACAUUCUCCAGCUCACUACCCUGUUUCAACUUUCAGAGCCAAUAAUAAAGUCAUCAGGACUCAGGAGAGGCUUGCGCGGAUGGAAACACAAGGCAAAGUAAUCACUUGCAAAGCUGCUGUGGCAUGGGGAGCUGGAGAAGCUCUAGUGAUGGAAGAUGUAAAAGUGGAUCCUCCUCAGAGACUGGAAGUGAGACUUCGAAUCCUCUUCACUUCCAUCUGUCACACCGAUCUUAGCGCAUGGAAAGGCGAGAACGAGGCUCAACAAGCAUACCCUCGAAUCCUUGGCCAUGAGGCGGCAGGGAUAGUGGAGAGCGUAGGGGAAGGGGUGGAAGAGAUGAAGGCAGGUGAUCAUGUGCUCCCUAUUUUCACAGGAGAGUGCGGAGAGUGCAGAGUCUGCAAGCGAGACGGAGCCAAUCUGUGUGAGAGAUUCCGAGUGGAUCCGAUGAAGAAGGUGAUGGUAAGCGAUGGCAAGACCAGAUUCUUCACCAGCAAAGACAACAAACCCAUCUUCCAUUUCCUCAACACAUCCACCUUCUCUGAGUACACGGUCAUAGACUCGGCUUGCGUGCUCAAGGUGGACCCUCUGUUUCCUCUGGAGAAGAUAAGCCUCCUCAGUUGCGGUGUCUCCACUGGAGUGGGUGCGGCGUGGAAUGUGGCUAAUAUUCAACCUAGCUCCACCGUCGCUAUUUUUGGACUGGGCGCUGUUGGACUUGCCGUGGCUGAAGGUGCAAGAGCCAGGGGAGCCUCUAAAGUCAUUGGGAUCGACGUCAACCCUGACAAGUUCCAACUAGGCAGAGAAGCAGGGAUCAGUGAAUUCAUAAAUCCAAAGGAGAGUGACAAGGCAGUUCAUGAGAGAGUAAGGGAGAUAACAGAGGGAGGAGUGGAGUACAGUUUCGAGUGUGCGGGAAGCAUAGAAGCACUUCGAGAGGCCUUUCUGUCUACAAACUCAGGAAUGGGAGUGACAGUGUUGCUGGGUGUUCACGCAAGCCCACAGCUUCUCCCUAUCCAUCCCAUGGAGCUCUUCCAAGGCAGAUCCAUCACCGCCUCUGUUUUCGGAGGCUUCAAACCCAAAACCCAAUUACCCUUUUUCAUCACCCAGUGCCUCCAAGGUCUUGUCAAUCUCGAUCUCUACAUCUCUCACCAGCUUCCCUUCCACGAUAUCAACGAAGCCAUCCAGCUGCUUAACCAAGGCAAGGCUCUUCGUUGCCUUCUCCGCCUCUAAACUGAAUUGAAUUGAAUUGAACACCAUCCAUGCAUUCAUCAUUCCAUCCUUUUUCAUGUGACCACCAAUAAGAAAAUCAUGUCACAUUGAGGAAAGUAACAGAUUUCUUGUAUAAGUCUCUUGCUAUAAGUCAGUCCCAUUCUCGAACACAUGAUUGUAUCAAACGGAAAUUCAAUAGAGAUUGAACAUGAAAGUGGGGAUA